GUCGUGUCGUCUUCUCCAACCCAUCCAAACCAAAGCCGCGGCGGCGCGAGGAGGCAGCGAGAGCUAGGGUUUGGGGCGGCGGAGGGGAGAUGUCGCGGACGCUGGUGCAGCCGGUGGGGCAGAAGCGGCUGACGAACGUGGCGGUGGUGCGGCUCCGUAAGCACGGGCAGCGGUUCGAGAUCGCGUGCUUCCCGAACAAGGUGCUGUCAUGGCGGACGCGGGUGGAGAAGGACAUCGACGAGGUGCUCCAAUCCCACACCGUCUACUCCAACGUCUCCAAGGGCGUCCUCGCCAAGUCCAAGGACCUCCUCAAGGCCUUCUCCACCGACGACCACACCGCCAUCUGCCUCGAGAUCCUCGACAAGGGCGAGCUCCAGGUCUCCGGCAAGGAGCGCGAGGCCCAGCUCUCCUCCCAGUUCCACGAGAUCGCCACCAUCGUCAUGGACAAGACCAUCAACCCGGAGACACGCCGCCCCUACACCAUCACCAUGAUCGAGCGCCUCAUGCACGACGUCCACUUCGCCGUCGACCCCAACCUCACUUCCAAGGAGCAGGCACUGAAAGUUAUUAAGAAGCUAACAGAGCAUUUCCCCAUAAAGCGUGCACCAUUGAGGGUGCGCUUCACUGCACCAAAGUCAAAAUUUGCAAGCCUUACAGAGAAGCUUGAAGAGUGGAAUGCUAAUGUUAUUUCAAAGGACGAGUCUGGUAGCCAGCCCUCUGUUGUGUGUGAGAUUGAGCCAUCUAUUCUACGGUCAUGUGAGGAGAGAUUGAAGGAUGUGCAGGGGAGGGUGGAAGUACUCUCAGUGUCAGCGCACGCAGAAGGUGGCUCUUCUGUGGAUCAAUAUGAAAACACUGAAGAAUCUCAAUCAGUGCCUGCAGUGGAGAUUGAUCCUGUUGCUCGGAUAGGUGAGGCCAUGCAGAAACAGUCCAUCUCAAGUGAGCCAGAAAAUCCUGGGCAGGGACAAGGCAAGCAGCAGAGAAGAUGCAAAGAAUGUGACGUGCUUGUGGAGGACAAGUUGUAUAGGGAGCAUUGCAAAUCUGGGUGGCACAAGCACAACUACACACGCCACAAGAACGGCCUUCCUCCACUCAGCCAGGAGGAGUGCUUGGUGGAAAUGGAAUUAGCCGACUCCAAGAGGGACCUAAAAGACUAUGAUUUCUGAGGCUGAUAUGGUAAACAUUCCGUGUGGUACAUGGAGAUGCAGUGUUUUUGUCUGAGGAGAAAGGUUGUCUGUUUGAUGCUGUAUAGGGAAGCAGGGAAGGGAAUAUUUGUGUAACCGCAAUGUACGCUACUUGCAAUCUACUGAAAUGGAGUGGUCUAUCCACAUUGUCUAACCGCCAAAGAGUAGCAGAAACCUGGUUGUUGCUGUAUAGCUGGGCCAGUAAAUCUGGUGGCAGUUUUGAAUGUUGCUUAUUCUGUAAUGGGAUGCUAUGCUAUGCUAUGUGAGACUACAUGUUAGUAUAUCAUGUUUCUUGCUCUCAUUCCUGUGGACAGAAGUGAAUGAAAAUUUGGAGAUCGAUUUUGCAA